AUGGCUGCUAUCGCAAAACAUGAAUUCACCGAGCUUGCCUUGGAUGGAAGUAAUUAUUUGACAUGGGCGCUUGAUGUUGAGAUUUAUCUCACAUCAACAGAACUACAACACACCAUCAUUGAAAAUUCCCCAAGCAAUGACGCUCAGAAAGCCAAGGCCCUAAUUUCCCCCUGCCACCACCUCAACCAUGAUCUCAAGAAUGAGUACCUCACUGAAAAAGACCCAAAUACCCUUUGGAAAUCCCUCAAAGACCGUUUUGACCCGCAAACAUCACUGCAGCAGUACAGGGCUAAGAAUUAUUCUAAGCAUUCAGAGUUGAUAUCGGCAUUACUGGUCGCUGAAAAGCACAACCAAUUGUUGAUGCGUAACCACAAAGCACGCCCAGCUGGCGCUGCACCUAUACCUGAAAUACACAAUGUUGCCCAAUCGAGCAACAAUUGGAGGAGGCGAGGUCGAGGGCGAGGAAGAGAUCGUGGUAGAGGCUCAAAGCGAGGUGGCAGUAGCGGAGCUAAUAACGAUGAUUCCCGAACCCAGAAUAAGCAGCCCAAAAAUCAAGAUCACCGAGGACAGCAAAAUACAUGCAAUAAGUGUGGGUGCAAAGGACACUAG